CAAUUAAUUCAUUCACCCUUUUCCACUUUAUUACUUAUACAGUUAUAUACUUGACACACUCCAUUUCUAUUCUCAUACUCCGGCAGAAAAUCCAUCACCACCACCACACCUCACUUUCUCCGACCACAGCUCGUUUUCACAUAAAACCGGAUCACACAUUCUAUUUAUCUAUUCAUAUUUCGUUACUAUUAUCGACCGUUUGUGGAUCACAUCAAGGGAUGCAAGUUUGACGGAGGUUUUGUUGCCCAGUGUGGAUUGAAAAGAUGGAAGGCUUCAAGGCUAAAUUCAGAUUGGGAGCAAUUGUUAUUUUUUCGAUUGGAAUUGUUCUCAUUGCUAUAUAUGAGUUAUUGAAGCCGAUUUCAAAUGGCUGUAACAUGACAUACAUGUACCCGACCUACAUUCCAAUAUCAGCGACAGAAAGUUUGCCGUCUUCAAAGUACGGACUGUUUUUGUAUUAUGAAGGGUGGAAAAAGAUCGAUUAUAAUGAGCAUCUUAAACAACUUAAUGGGGUUCCUGUUCUUUUUAUCCCCGGCAAUGGAGGUAGUUACAAGCAGGUCAGAUCCUUGGCAGCAGAAUCUGAUAGAGCUUAUCAAGGUGGCCCACCAGAGCCUAUGUUGUACCAAGAAGCUUCCUUAAUGUUUGAAGGGGGAGUGGAGAUGGAUGAAACUGAUAUUCCUGUAUUCAAGCAAUAUACUCGCAGGCUUGACUGGUUUGCGGUGGACCUUGAAGGUGAACAUUCUGCAAUGGAUGGUCAGAUACUUGAAGAGCACACAGAAUAUGUAGUCUAUGCCAUUCACAGGAUCUUGGAUCAGUAUAGAGAAGCUCGAGAUGCCAGAGAAAAAGAAGGUGCUGUUGAAUCUGGUAGUCUGCCUAAUACUGUCAUGUUGGUUGGCCACUCUAUGGGUGGUUUUGUUGCCAGAGCUGCAGUUGUGCACCCUGCCUUGAGGAAGUCGGCUGUUGAAACUGUUCUAACACUAUCAACUCCGCAUCAGUCACCUCCCGUGGCAUUGCAGCCAUCACUUGGUCACUAUUACGAGUACAUAAAUCAAGAAUGGAGAAAGGGUUAUGAGGUCCGAACUUCUAAAACAGGAACGCAUUCAUCCAGUCCUCAGUUAUCUCGGGUGAUUGUCGUCUCCAUUUCUGGCGGUGGUAACGAUUACCAGGUAAGGUCAAAGCUAGAAUCUCUUGAUGGUAUUGUCCCAUUUACCCAUGGGUUUAUGAUUAGUAGCAUGGGGAUGAAGAAUGUAUGGCUAUCAAUGGAGCACCAGGUUAUCUUAUGGUGUAAUCAACUCGUUGUACAAGUUUCACACACGCUGCUUAGUUUGGUAGACCAUGAAGCUGGUCAUUGGAUUUCUGGCCCAAGGAAAAGACUAGCAAUACUUACGAAAAUGCUUCAUAGUGGUAUGCCAGGAAGUUUGUCAAGACCAUUGAAUUUAUUUCAGCAGUCAGCAUAUCUUCCUUUGCAGAAAGAGAGAAAAGUUAGCGGGUCCCAAACGAAAACAUUUACUGCAUGUCCAAGUAGAAUACAUUGGAGUGAUGCAGGACUUGAAAAAGAUCUUUACAUCAAGACACCAACGGUAACUAUUUUGGCAAUGGAUGGCAGAAGACGUUGGUUGGACAUAAAAGAAUUGGGGUCAAAUGGAAGAGAUAACUUUGUUCUUGUGACAAAUCUUCUUCCUUGUUAUGGGAUUAGACUUCAUCUUUGGCCUGAAAAAGGAACUUCUGCGUCAGUUUUGCCUCGUAGCAAAAGGGUUGUAGAAGUGACAUCAAAGAUUGCCCAGAUUCCUUCAGGACCGGCUCCAAGGCAGAUUGAACCAGGAAGUCAGACAGAACAACCACCGCCAUCAGCUGUAUUUUGGUUGGACCCAAAGGAUAUGCAUGGUUUCAGAUUUUUGACAAUCUCAGUUGCACCUAGCCCAACUGUUUCAGGAAGACCUCCACCUGCAGCUUCAAUGGCAGUUGGGCAGUUCUUCAACCCGGAGGAAGGGAGUAAAGAGUUUUCUCCUCAAUCGUUGCUUCUCUCUGUGUAUUCUUGGAAGGAUAUUUUCAUCAAGGAGGAUCAUCCUAUUGCAUUGAAUAUUACAUUCAGUAUCAGUUUAGGGCUUCUGCCUGCUACAGUGUCAGUGGAAACUACAGGCUGUGGGAUUAAGAAGUCUGGACUUUCUGUUGAAGAGGCUGGAGAUAUGGAUAGUGGCAGACUUUGCAAGCUUCGCUGCUUUCCGCCAGUAGCCCUUGCAUGGGAAGCUACAUCUGGUCUUCACAUAUUUCCUAAUCUUUACUCUCGUACAAUCGAAGUGGACUCAUCACCUGCACUCUGGAGCUCAACUCAGGGACCCGAGCAGACCAACAUUCUGUUACUGGUAGAUCCGCAUUGUUCCUAUAAAACUAGUGCUUCAGUUUCUUUAAUUGCCGCUGCCCGUCGAUUUAUGCUUUUAUAUGCCUCCCAGAUUAUUGGUUUCUCCUUUGCUGUAGUCUUCUUUGGACUGAUGAGACAAGCAAAUGCAUGGGAGCUUGAUCUGCCUGUUCCCUCAUUGCUGUCUGCAGUAGAAUUAAAUUUGAGAAUGCCACUUCCAUUCCUUCUCCUUGCUAUUGCUCCCACUCUCAUCGCUUUGUUUAUUUCAUCGUUUAGCCUAAAACCAUUUCCUUCGGUUGGUGGCUUCUUUGUAGUCUCAAUGAUUUGCUAUCUAAUAGCGAAUGGGACCAUAAUCAUUUUGACAUUGACCACUCAGAUACUCUCUUACAUGAUUGCAAAAGUACAUGUUUUCUUUAAGACCAGGUGGAGAUGGUGGAUACUUGAUCUUACCACAAGAUUUUUCUCAUUAAAGGCCAUGAGGGUCAUAAAUGCCAAUCCAUCAUUGGCUUUGUCGCUGCUUGCUAUUGCCUUGGUCUGCUUUGUCCAUCCAGCUUUAGGUCUCCUUAUUCUGAUAUUCUCUCAUGUACUAUGCUGUCACCAUGCGUUGUGCAGCUUUUUUACAGCAUCCAGCAAGGCUUGUAAUGAAGAUUUAUUUGGUUUUGGAAAUGUGGAGAAGUCGUCCAAUAAUGAAUCGGAGGAAGGUUUAGGUAUGGACGAGAACAGCUCCAGCACCCCAGAUUCUGCAAGAAGCUAUGGUGACACACAAUUAGAGAUAUUCCAUCACCGACAGGGCUUGCUAAUUCUGCAUCUUCUUUGUCUACUGAUGUUUCUUCCUUCGCUUGUUGCUUGGUUAGAGAGGCUUAGCAUGGGUCACAGCUUCCCUUGGUUCUUGGAUUCCAUGCUCUGCAUGGGUAUCAUCCUCCACGGUAUUUGUGACACAAAACCGGAGUUUAAUGUCUUCUUUCAGAUACCCGGAAUAAGAGGGAAUGAAAUAAGACAAGGGCUUGUGUACCUCCUUUCUGGGUACUGUUGCUACCUUUCGGGUUUAGACUUGGCCCCUUAUAAAGCUUUCUAUGCCAUAGCUGCCGUAGGAGUCAUCUCAUUUGUUUUCAGAAUCAUGGAAAGAAAAAAUCGGAGGGGUGGAGAGGCGUAUUAUAGCAGUAGAAAGCAUUCUCAUAGACACUAAAAAAGGUAUUUUAUAUUAGCAUCGAUAAUUCUGUUGUUCAUUGUACAAUGUACGUAUAAAAAGGGUAAAUGGGUGGGAACCCUCUGGUCCCAUGUACCAUUUUGGUACUCAGAGCGCACACCGCAUAGAACUCAUGCCCGGUAAGUCACCAAUAUACAAUGUACGUAUAAUAUCAUUAAUAGUGAGAUGUAUAAUGGGUGUGAAUGACCACGUUGCCAUGGUCCCAGAAUUUUGAAGAGCAAUAGAUUUUGGAUCUUUGUUAGAAAGGAAAACCAUAUGUAAGAUGUGCUUGUUGCACUUUGAGUUGGAGGUUGUGAUUUUAAUCCAUCUACUUAUGAAAGGAUUGUUUUUCA